CCCCAGCCUUCCGACGCCGGUGGAGUUGUUUUUGUGCCACCGUGUCAUGCUGAUUCGAGAAGUUUCGAGUAAGAAAAUUUGAUAAAGGUUGAUUCCAGACCUCAAACAGCCGGUCAAAGGGCUUCUGUUCAAACACAAGAAGGACGUUCAGGUCAAAUAAUGGCGGUGUCUACGGGAACGUCAGCAGUGCUGUCAUCGUGCCUCUUCAUGUUGCUGUUUGCGGCGAUGCAAAUUUAUAAAGCUCACCUGGCGUCGAGCCAACCGAUGACCAUUCUUGGCGGUUUCCUUGGAUCUGUGCUGUUCAUGCUCAUUCUCACUGCCGUUUCCAACAUGGAAAACCACUUCUUUGGGAAGAACUUCCAGACAAAACUGAUCCCUGAAGUGCUCAUCUGCUUGGUGGUUGCCAUGGUGGCCUCUGGCUUGGUGCACAGAGUUUGUGUCACAACAUGCCUCAUCUUUUCACUUGUGGCCCUCUACUAUAUCUCGAGAAUAUCCAUCAAGGUCCAUGGAACUGGUGCAGCCCCGGUGACUGUGAAUUCCCUACCCAAAGGCAAGAAGGCCAAAUAACUCAUCAUGCUUCCUUUGUGCAAUAAACUCAUGCUCACCCAUUUCAAA